UAAAAAAAAAAAUCACUUUAAAGUGAAAGUAAGACCUGGGAAUCGGAAACGGUAAAGCCCAUUGAGAGAGCAAAACACUUGUACUAAAUUACGAGAAACAGACCAGCGACCGGAGGUGAUAACCACAAUUGAAAACCCUGUUGCAAUUAAUUUGUCAUGUCUGAAACUUGCCCAAGUUUUGUAAAUUCACCAGAAGUAAAUGCAAGUUGUGAGGACCUUUUUUCACAAGUCACACCUAACCCAGAAACUGCUGGUGAAAUGUUACCAAGUCUUAACUCAGGAAUCAUUUCUCAGUCUGCAAGGCCAAAUAUGACAAAAGACAACCAGGAUCGAUUAGAAACCUCUGUGGAGCCUGCACACUCAGAACUAGAACCUGGUAGAAAGGUUUCUGUACCCAGUGAUAAAGAUUGUGAUUCUAACAAAAGUAUGCCUCAUACACAUUUUUUGGAAAGUUUAAUUUCAAGUCUCAAUAUUAAUAAAUCAUCAACUGAGGAAGAAGUAAUAAAACUACCUCGUUCACAGCUUGCUAUGAUCGUAAGGCAGACUCUCUAUAUGCAAACUUUAUACAACUUCAUGCAAGGGCUGGUACAAGAGAAGUGGCCAAAACAAAGAAACUUUAUGUUUAAAGAAGAAAUGAAUGAGGCAAAAAAUCCUCUAUUGAUGCAGAUACAAGACACAGUCUCAGAAAGGCAAAUUUUUAGAUUUGAUAAUCCUUUAACUGAUCUUUCAGACCAAAGUAAGCCCAUCAUUAUUCAAAACGCAGAUGUAAGUCAUAAUACAGCAGAUUCUAGUUACAAAGUGGGGACUUUUGAAACAGAUGGAGAAUCCACCACAAGCAUGAGUUUGCAACUUCCAAGUCAGCUCAACUUGGAUGGUGAUCAUCCAGAGAGUGAAAACCCACUUGGCAAGGGUGAGAAUAACAAAGUGACUUUGAGUGGAAACACAGAGAUUGCAACAUCACCAGAACAACAGUUUAAUAUUCCAGAUUUGGAUCUCAUUGAAGGAUCACAGGAGUGUUUCCAGCAUUCCUCAAAUGGACCAAGAGAUUAUGUUGAUAAUGUUGGUAUAUCAUUUGAGGAGUUUGAACUGAUGCAGGACGAACUUUGUAAGUCCAAGAGAUAUAUGCAUGUUCUGCUACAUGAAAAUAAACAUCUCAAGGAGACAGUGAGAACAUUGGAGGAAGCAAAUACUGCACUUAAAGAGAGAGAAAGCAGAUUCAUUGGGGCAAAUAUGGAACAAGUUAAACCACAUGAACAUCAUUUGGCUGUUUUGGUUGAAAAAGUUAAGAAAAUGGAAAAAAAUAUAGAGCUGAAAGAUCAUGCUAUGGCAAUCCUCAACACUAAAAUUGCAAUUGUCCAAAAUGAAAACAAGAUUUUAAAGGAUCAGGUUCAUUCUGGCUCACUAGUUAACAAGGCAGGACCUCAGUCCCAGCCACCUUCUGACACUGGCUAUUCGGCCUUGCCCCCUAUCAUGGAGCCUUGCAUACGCUGUGUAACACAAGAAACACAGACAAGCUUGCAGCAAGAUGAAAAGAAUGUACCAAUGCUGCUUGCGGAGUUAGAAAAUGUCAGAGCAGAAAAUAAGAAUAUGCAAAAACAAAUUGACCAUCUGAAACACACCCAUAGCCAGAUAAGCUAUGGUGAGGUAGAGCAAAAGAAAGCCUUGGAGAAACAGCUAAAAUCUAUCAAGGAAGAACUUUUGCAAUAUCAGAAAAAACUAAAAGAAUCUGAAGAUCAUCGCAGAGAGCUUGCUGAUGAAAUAACUGGCAGUUAUGAUGAGAUUGAUAAGGAAAAGAAGAAGUCUUUAAUCGCAGAAGAAAGAUAUCGGCGUCUUGAGGGAAUCAUGGAAGAUGAGCGCAGGCGCUUUACUCGAGAUGAGAAACUCCUUCUUGAACGAUGUGAUCAAUUGGACAAAAGUAACGCUGUUUUAAAAGGCCUAGUGCUGAUUUUUGAAAGAAGACUGGAAGGCAGUGAACUGAAAGAGAAUCUUAACCUUACAAGUGAACAAGCCAGAGAACUAGCAAACCUGAAAAGAGAAUCCAGCCCAUGCAGAGUAAUACCCUCCAAUACAAAUGUCCACUCUUCCACUAGGUCUUCCCCGCCAAGUCCAGUUAGUAGUCAGAGUGGAAAAUCUUCUGGUACAGGCACACUUGUGGACAAAAGACCUUUCGAAAUUUCUCUGAGCAAGAGCACACCAGAUAUGCAUGAAAACCUGUCUGACGCAUCUGUGGUAAAGUCUGCAUGUGCUCCUCCAGGACUGCAUGGUGCACUAUUGCCUCCACAAAAAAGUCAACACAGAUCACUUUUCAGACAGAUAAAGCUUGAUAACAGAGGAGAUAGUUCAGCAGCUGCAUUGCAGGCUUCUGGUGUGCUAGUGGAAAAUGUUAGACAUGACAAGAAAAAAGACUACAGCAGGGAGUGGCAGUGCCCAUACUGUCACAUUGCAGACUUUGAGAGUGAAAUGAAAUUCCGCAGACAUUUACAACAAUGCAGUGACUGUCACUGACAGUUCAAAUAUCAAGUAAAACAGUGUUCAAAAUCCAUCAUGUCUUUGCAAGAAGUGCAUUGAAUUGAAUUAUGUCUCGCAUAUCAUCAUUUGCUUGAUAUUUUCAAUCAGAAAUAGAGAUCCAUUUCACAUUGCAGUGAAAGGAUCUACUCUACGUAAGUACUAAUAAGUUGCAUUGUAAAGAAUAGCUAUAUUUUUGUUUAAUUGUUGUUAAAUGCCAGUGUUGAGCGGUGAACUUGGAAGCAUUGUCUGAAUACCUACAAGAAAAAUAAAAAUGGUUGUGUAAAUUUUUAAGCUUCUUAGUACUGAAGAUUCAACAGACACCCAAAAGCUGCUUUCAUGGCUAGAUUUUAACACAUAGUUGGUUGUCUCAGCAAGAUAAGUGUCACUUUGGGAUAAAUAUAAAUUGACCAUGUGCUAAUUUUUUUUUAAAUCAGCUUUGGUUAACAGAAAGUUCCUAAUGCAGCACUUGCUUGUUGCAUCUUAUUUAUUGAGCUAGGCACUUUACUGACUGUAAAAUCAAAUGCAUCACUUUAUCACUAAAGAAGGCAUGUCAAGGAUCAACAGAUCAUUAUUUUUCCAAACUAUAAACAAACUAUUGGAAGAGUUUGAUUCUUAGCUUUUAAAAAAAUGCCUUAUACAUUUUAAGAGAUCACAAAAACAGACAGUGCUAAUUCUUGACAAAAGCAUCUUUUUUAAGCUCUGUUGUGUAACUGUAAACAUGAAUUGUUCACUUUAAACGAUUUUUAAAGUCAUUCUGUCAAACAAGUAAUUAGGCUUAAAGUUUUUAGCAGUGCCGCAAAAAGCCACCAUGGGCUCUGUAAUAAUUUAUUUUUCUGUAUAUAACAGUGUGCUUACAAGUUAUCAUUUAUAUAUACAUUUCAUUUAGUAAUAUAAUAUAGGCAGAAAACUUAAGGAAAAGCUGCAAACUAGGAUCUACACCACUGCAUGUUAUGAAGAUUUCAGAGUUGUAUACACGUGAGUGGUCAGUAACUGAGGCCAAAUGGCUUAAAAGGAUUAAUUUUGCCAUACCUCUUUUAUAGGAAAAAUGUCACUAGUUGACAUCAAAAACUUGACAGAUUAAAGAAACAAAAAUUAAAGAUAAUGCAAGAUUUAUAUUCUUCACCCUACUGCAUAUGGGAUGUCGCAGUUCUCAUAGAUUUGGCUUCAAUUAUUGAAGGUGGCAGUAUCUCUAGUAUACUUUGUGGCAUUCUUUAAAGUCUAUCUUUGUUUCUUUUUCUCUCAUCGCCUUUUCUUUUUAUUUUGGCAAUCAAGGCUUGUGAUGGUAUAUGAGUAAGAACUAGGAAGUCACUGGGAUGAGCAAAAAUAAGUAUAUCUGUAUAUAAUAUACAAUAAACAUAAGAAAUGUAUGUCCUACAUACUUUUAAAACAUGAUCCUAUACUGUAUUAAAUCAGUGACAAUGUGUGUGUUACAGGAGCAAGGAAUGUGAUUGCAACCACUUGGUAUUGGAUAUGUACAUAAAUAUAAAUAUUUUGUCUUAUUUUAACCAAGUUUUGACAGAGGACUAUCAGGCAAACAGACAUCACCAGAACAAAGGCAGUAGCCAUGUUAGUCAUGAGUGUAGAAGAGGGAAACUGCACCAGCUAUGUUUUACUCUAUAUUUAGGCAAGCAAGCCUUUUCACCAAAAAGGCUAAAAUCUAAUGAGAAUAAUUGGCAGCAUUAGGGUUGAGGAGUUUAUCAUCUUCCCCAUGUUUCCUUCUUUCCCCUGACACGCGCAUUCACACAAAUUAUUUUCUUUUAAAUCUGAGAUGCUUGUCAAAUGUUAUUUAAUAAAACAGAAGAAGCAUGAGCUUUUGUGUAGACCUGUGCGGUUGAGAAUGAUGGAGAAGUGGAAGCAGAAAAAGUCUGUCUACUAAAAACAAAAAUUAAACAUCCCGCUCACAGGGUGCAGCACUUUCUAUCUGUUCACUUAGUUGCCUAUACAUCAGGCCUAUGCCUUCCUCUUCACUAUCAAUUCACAACUGCAUGCAGGCCCAUGCCCCUAAUGUCAGAUAAACCCAACUAUCUUCAUGUCAAGUCAAUGAGCCUAUCUUUGUAGGAAAUCACCAACAAUGUUUAAAGCAGGGGUGGGGAACCAUAUUUUGUCCAAGGGGCACAUAUAGUUGCCUUUGCCGGAUCAAAUAUAGCUUCGCGGGCUAUCCAUACGGCCCACGGGCAUAUAUAACGUAUCAUGUGAACAAAAUUGAAUUGUUUCCUCAUUUUUGGGUGUUUACUAUAUCUUCUGAUGCUUUACAUACAUUGAAAACAAUGUUUAGACUUAUAUCUUCGCAGUUAAUGUCAGUUUGUUGCACAGGCGGAUGUUUUCUAGAUGGUAGAAUCUAACCAGAAGUGUCGCUCUGUUAGUAGAUAAUUAUUAUAAGAUGUAUAUAGCCUAUAGGUAAUUUUUUACGAUUUUAAGUGCAUAUGCUGUAAUGCGCCUAAAGUAGCAUUAUGCGACACGAUAUACUUUGCGCAGUUGGGAAUGAUUGUUGAAACACAGUCCGCCAAAUCCACACUUUUUUUUUUGAAACAAAAAUGGUCAAUUUGUUGCAAACGUCGAACGACUACAAAUCAACUUAUAUAUCCUCCCCGACUGACCUUCCAAUCACCUAUCGACACGCGUGCAACUCUGGACUGAUGAGACCGUACAGCUUCGUCGUUUCCCCGUAUCGUCGUCAGUUUUAAUGUUUGUUUUACACUAUUCGAAAAACUAACUGCGCGUGGACGUUCGAUGUUGUGCACACUUGCGUCGCUAGAGGAACCCAUGACACCUGUUUUAUUUUCGUUGCUGUUAGCGGCCUCAGCUGUAACUGCAGUAGGCUCUGAAUGGGACACCGACGAUCUCAUAUCCUCCAUUAAAAACUACAUUUGAUACCGUAUUUGAAUACAUGGGAGACAAAAAUGGAUGUAAAUACGAGUGUCGAAAUGGU